UUGAAAUGAUCUUGAAUGAUCGGAAACUGCUUUGUGGGCAGGGAGGAGAGUACGCUGGUGAGAGGUGGAGACAAAAGAAAGAGCUCAAGUUACAAUAGAUCAAGCACCAGAGGAGUCAUAUUUGUGCAUUUAAGAGGAACAGACAGGAGGAACAGACAAAAUUUGCUGUUCUUGGUCAUGGAUGAUUUUGUGCGUACCAAAUUAACUGAAUGGGGUCUCAGCGAGUGGAUAGAAAGAUUUAAAGAUGAAGGUAUUGACGAGGAAAGUCUUUACUGUCUUUACGAUCAAGAUAUUGAUAACUUGAUCCCAAAAUUGGGACCAAGGGCGAAAUUCAGGAAGAGACUCGAGUUGUUACAGAAAGAACAAAACACAACAAAUCAGGAAACAGUUGAUUCUUCUGCUCAAGUAAGCUCAGUUUCAAACAAUCAGUUUUAUUUGCAGUGUCAACAGCAGCAUGAAGAAGCAGCUGAUUCUUCUCAGGUUUGGCCGUCCACCAGUGACACAAGUGAUAAAGGAAAGAGAAAAAAUAUUCUGGAAUCAUACACAGAAGAAAUCAUACUGUCUAAGGUGAAACACACCAUGAGUUGUGUCCAUGAGAGAAUACCUAACCAAGGCAUCACAAAGCUCAAUAAGUUCCUGAAGGAUAAAAUCAGCGAUUUGGAGACAGACAAGAGGGAGCUGGUCGGUGUCUUUGGUAAAACUGGGGCUGGAAAGAGCUCUUUGAUAAAUGCCGUCAUUGGAGAGAAGAAUCUUCUGCCCUCUGGAAGCAUCAGUGCAUGUACCACAGUCGUGAUUAAAGUGGAGACUAACAUGCAGAGCCAAAAGUAUGAGGCAGACAUUGAGUUCAUUCCAAAAGAGGAGUGGAAAGACGAGUUGUGGUCCUUGUUUAAUUUGCUUGGGGAUAAUACAGAUCAGGAACAGGAAGAUGAUGAUUAUCGUGAGACUGUUGAAAAGAUGUCAGCGCUGUAUGGAGAAGAAUGGAAAGAAAUCCCAAACAAAUCCCCUGAAAACCUCAUGGAUAACAAAUAUUUCAGAGAAAUUCCAGAAUUUCACCUUUCCAGGAGGAAGAUUUUGACAUGUGAAUCAGCUAGAGAUCUGUCUGCAAAAUUGGUGAAAUACACAAGAACUGCCUCAGAACACGGAGACGGUAAGAGGUAUUGGCCACUAGUGAAGUGUGUGACUGUCAGGGUGCCUAGGAAUGACCUUCUCCAGCAUGUCACACUUGUGGAUCUUCCUGGAAAUGGGGACCGUAACAAGAGCAGAGAUAAAAUGUGGAAAGGGGUUGUCGGAAGUUGUUCUACUGUGUGGAUUGUGACUGACAUUAAUCGAGCAGCAGCAGAGAAAGAACCCUGGGAGAUCCUGGAAAGUACCAGUAGCCUCAUGGGAAAUGGUGGCCAGUGUCAGCAGAUUCACUUUAUCUGCACCAAGUCUGAUUUUAUUGAGGAUUCAGAUGAUCAUUCAGCAGCUGGUGUUCGUGCUCUCAUAUUUAAAAGAAACAUGCAAGCCAAGGAAGCAGUGAGCAAAGAAUACAGGAAACUUAACAAAGUUAAGAAACAUUUCAGUGAUGACUGCUUCAAAGUGUUGACAGUGAGCUCCAAAGAGUUUCUACAGACAGAAUGUCUAAACCCAGAUGAAACUGAAAUACCCAAACUUCAGGGGUUUCUGCAAAAUCUCAAUGACUGUCACUCAGAGACAUUAAACUAUGUGUCUGGAGCUUAUGGGAUUCUCUCUCUGAUUCAAGGGGCCAGCUGUAGAGAAGUGGCUGACCAAAAAACAGAUGUGUGCACAGAGCUUGAAGAAAAGAUGAGGCAUGAACUUGAUAGAGUCAGAAAACCCAUGGAAGAGGCUCAUGAGGCUUUUGAAAAAUGCCUUAACGAGGGGGUUGAAAAAUCUAAAAGUUCAUGUGAACGAGUCUUGAAGUCCGUCUUACAUCCUACAUGGGUAAAAGGGGGCGGUUUUCACAAGAUAUUGAAGUGUAUCGUUGCGAACAAUGGCACCCACAAACCAAAAAGCCGGAAACAAAUAAACCUCAAUGUGAAGUUAGCUUCAUGCCUGACUGACAGCAUUGAUGAGGAAUUCAAGAAGACCUUCCCAAAUGAAGGAAAAUGUGGACCAUUCAACGGGGUCAUCAACACGUUUUCACUUGACACAACAAGGCUGAUUCAGAAGUACAAAGAUGUCGAACUGCAGCUGAUAUUUCUCAAGACAGAGGAAAAAAAAAUGAAGACAAAACUCAACAAAAUCAUCCGGGAGCGUAAGAAAACAAUCUACAGCAGUCUGACAACAACAAUCCAGGAAACCAUGCAAGAUUGCUAUAAAAGUAAGAUUACAACAAUUAUACACAUUUACAUUCAUCAUGACUGUGCAGGAAAAUGUAGUUUGACAACAAUGUUCUGUUUUAUUGUAGAAGCAGCAGGAUUUAGAGGACAGGACUCGCUGAAAAACAUGAGGGACACUAUUGAGAAGCAUGUACAUGAUUCAAAGAACACCAUGUUUGAGCAGGCUAAAGAUGUUAUGUUGAACCAGCUGAGAUGCUUGAAGGAGGACAUCCUGAAGACACUGGAGGAAACAAUGCAGGAAUCAAUCGAACUGUCGCUCAAGACAGAUGGUGACUCAAUCCCAGAUGUUACAGGGGAGCUUGUGAUGGUAAAGCAACAUUACAAUGAACUGAGAGGAAGCGCAGAUGAGGAAACACUAAUUUGCGCUGAUCCACCCGGCCCAGUAGCUGCACCGUGACGUGUGCAGGUUUGCUGGGUGGAGAGAAACAGCAGAGGCCUGAUUACCCACUGAAGGUCCCUGCGGCCACGCUGAUUAGAGACGUGAGGCCUCUGGAUUUGGUCUCAACCAUUUUUAUCAAGUUGUUAUCCCUGUUCUCUUUGAGUGUUGUUUUGAUUUAUACUUUGAGUUUGCUUCUUGUGAAUUACAUGCAGAGAGAUUUUAGCUGUUUUUGGGGGGGGUAUUUUUGCCUUUAAUUAAUUGUAGAUCAGAGGCAGACAGAAACUGUGGGGAGGGGGGGGUUGACGAGCAGCAAAGGUCCACAGUUGGAUCCAAACCAGGGACGUUGUGGUUUUACUUUUUAAUGAUAUUACAGUGUUUUUCUUGUUCUUGGGUAUAUUUUCAUGUUUUUGUUGAUUGGGAUGGGCGCGCUGACAUUUCAGUGAUUUUAUGGAUGUCCACAUUAAACCUUGAACCUCGAUUACAGUACAUACUGUAGGUUGGAUUUGACAUAAACUUUAGGCUUUUCAAUGAAUGAUCUUAAUCUUUUUUCUUUCAUGUUCAAGGACAAAACUGUUGCUUGCUUAAAACAAUAGUUGUAAACCAUCUUAUCUGGCUUCUUGUUAUUUACACCAUUUUUAUUUUUGUUUUCUUCUAAUCUACACUGAUUCUAAAUGCAUGCAAGUAUUUGAUAUGGUAUAUGUCCAAUAAACCUCAAUAAAGUUCACUUUUGAGUGAAAGUGCCACACAUA